AAUUGGCAAGAAAGAAGGGGGGGAAAAUGGCGAACGAUUCUCCGGCCAAAAGUCUGGUGGACAUCGACCUGUCCUCUCUGCGGGACCCAGCUGGGAUUUUUGAGCUGGUGGAAGUGGUUGGCAAUGGCACCUACGGGCAAGUGUAUAAGGGCCGACAUGUCAAAACAGGUCAACUGGCAGCCAUCAAAGUCAUGGAUGUUACUGAGGAUGAAGAAGAAGAAAUCAAGCUGGAGAUAAAUAUGCUAAAGAAGUACUCUCAUCAUAGAAAUAUUGCAACCUACUAUGGUGCUUUCAUUAAAAAAAGUCCUCCAGGGCAUGAUGAUCAGUUAUGGCUUGUUAUGGAGUUUUGUGGAGCAGGAUCUAUCACAGACCUUGUGAAGAACACAAAAGGGAAUACUCUGAAAGAAGACUGGAUAGCAUACAUCUCGAGAGAGAUUCUCAGGGGCUUGGCACAUCUCCAUGCCCACCAUGUGAUUCAUCGGGACAUCAAAGGGCAGAAUGUAUUGUUGACAGAAAAUGCAGAGGUGAAGCUGGUGGAUUUUGGUGUGAGCGCUCAGCUGGACAGGACAGUUGGCAGGAGAAACACUUUUAUUGGAACUCCUUACUGGAUGGCUCCAGAAGUUAUCGCCUGUGAUGAAAAUCCUGACGCUACAUAUGAUUACAGAAGUGACCUCUGGUCAUGUGGCAUUACAGCCAUUGAAAUGGCAGAAGGCGCUCCCCCCCUCUGUGACAUGCAUCCAAUGAGGGCGCUGUUUCUUAUACCAAGAAAUCCUCCUCCACGGCUAAAAUCCAAGAAAUGGUCAAAAAAGUUUUUUAGCUUUAUAGAAGGUUGUUUAGUGAAAAACUACAUGCAGAGGCCUUCUACAGAACAGCUUUUAAAACAUCCUUUUAUACGUGAUCAGCCAAAUGAAAGGCAAGUACGAAUCCAGCUGAAGGACCAUAUAGACAGGACCAGAAAGAAGAGAGGAGAGAAAGAUGAGACAGAGUAUGAAUAUAGUGGAAGUGAGGAAGAAGAGGAGGAAGUGCCUGAACAAGAAGGAGAGCCGAGCUCCAUUGUCAACGUGCCUGGAGAAUCAACCCUCCGACGUGAUUUCCUGAGGCUGCAGCAGGAAAACAAGGAGCGGUCCGAAGCCCUUCGGAGACAGCAGCUGCUCCAGGAACAGCAACUCCGAGAGCAAGAGGAAUACAAGAGGCAGCUGCUGGCAGAGAGACAGAAACGCAUAGAGCAGCAGAAAGAGCAAAGGAGGCGGCUGGAAGAGCAACAAAGAAGAGAACGGGAAGCUCGAAGGCAACAGGAGCGUGAGCAGAGACGGAGAGAACAGGAGGAGAAAAGACGGCUAGAGGAAAUGGAGAGGAGACGUAAAGAAGAAGAGGAGAGGAGGAGAGCAGAGGAAGAAAAGAGGAGAGUAGAGAGAGAGCAGGAGUAUAUCAGGCGACAGCUAGAAGAGGAGCAGCGGCACUUGGAAAUUCUUCAGCAGCAGCUGCUCCAGGAGCAGGCCAUGUUACUGGAAUACAGAUGGCGAGAAAUGGAGGAGCAUCGACAAGCAGAGAGACUCCAGCGUCAGUUGCAGCAGGAGCAAGCCUAUCUCCUGUCGCUGCAACAUGAUCAUAGGCGGCAGCAACAGCAACAACAACAGCAACAGCAGCAGCAAGAAAGGAAUAAACAAAGCUAUCAUACCCCUGAGCCAAAAGCCCAUUAUGAACCUACUGAAAGAGCACGUGAGGUGGAGGAUAGAUUUAGAAAACCUAAUCAGGGGUCCCCAGAAGCACAGUCUAAACAGACGGGCAAAGUGUUGGAGCCACCAGUGCCUUCAAGAUCAGAGUCUUUUUCCAAUGGGAACUCAGAACCUGUUCAGCCUGCCCUGCAAAGGCCAAUGGAACCCCAGGUACAGUGGUCCCAUCUGGCAUCUCUCAAGAACAAUGUUUCCCCUGUCUCGCGAUCCCAUUCCUUCAGUGACCCUUCUCCCAAAUUUGCACAUCACCAUCUUCGUUCUCAGGACCCAUAUCCACCUUCACGCAGUGAAGUGCUAAAUCAGAGUUCUGACUCUAAAUCGGAGGUACCUGACCCCACCCAAAAGGCUUGGGCUAGAUCAGACAGUGACGAGGUGCCUCCAAGGGUACCUGUAAGAACAACAUCUAGGUCUCCUGUCCUGUCCCGUCGAGAUUCUCCACUGCAGGGCAGUGGUCAGCAAAAUAACCAAGCAGGUCAAAGGAAUUCCACAAGCAAUAUAGAGCCUCGUCUGCUAUGGGAAAGGGUUGAGAAGCUUGUACCAAGACCAGGCAGUGGCAGCUCUUCAGGUUCAAGCAACUCUGGCUCUCAGCCAGGUUCCCAUCCGGGAUCGCAGAGUGGCUCUGGUGAACGGUUCCGAAUGAGAUCGUCAUCCAAAUCUGAAGGCUCUCCAUCUCAGCGUCAUGAGAAUGCAGCCAAAAAAACAGAAGAGAAGAAGGAAGUCUUCAGACCCCCCAAGCCUGCUGGAGAAGUGGAUUUAACUGCAUUGGCAAAGGAACUGCGAGCAGUUGAAGAUGUGCGACCCCCGCAUAAGGUAACAGACUACUCAUCAUCCAGUGAGGAGUCUGGGACGACAGAUGAGGAAGAUGAUGACAUGGAACAGGAGGGAGCAGAUGAAUCUACUUCUGGGCCAGAGGAUGCCAGAGCAGUGUCAACUCUAAACUUGAGCAAUGGUGAAACAGAGUCAGUGAAAACCAUGAUUGUUCAUGAUGACGUGGAGAGUGAACCUGCCAUGACUCCUUCCAAGGAGGGUACUUUGAUCGUUCGACAGAAUACAGUUGACACAAAGCGUGCCAGCCAUCAUGAGAGCAAUGGCUUUGCCGGUCGCAUUCACCUCUUGCCAGAUCUCUUACAGCAAAGCCAUUCCUCCUCCACUUCCUCCACUUCCUCCUCCCCAUCCUCCAGCCAGCCGACACCCACCAUGUCCCCACAGACACCCCAGGACAAGCUAACUACUAAUGAGACUCAGUCCGCUAGUAACACGCUCCAGAAACACAAAUCUUCCUCCUCCUUUACACCUUUUAUAGACCCCAGAUUACUACAGAUUUCUCCAUCUAGUGGGACAACUGUGACUUCUGUGGUGGGGUUUUCUAGUGAAGCAAUGAGGUCAGAAGCAAUAAGGCAAGAUCCCACCAGGAAAGGGUCAGUUGUCAACGUGAACCCCACCAAUACACGACCACAGAGUGACACCCCAGAGAUUCGCAAGUACAAGAAGAGAUUCAAUUCUGAGAUCUUGUGUGCUGCCUUAUGGGGAGUUAAUUUGUUAGUGGGUACUGAGAGUGGUCUGAUGCUGCUAGACCGAAGUGGUCAAGGGAAAGUUUAUCCACUAAUCAAUCGAAGACGAUUCCAGCAGAUGGAUGUACUAGAAGGGCUGAAUGUCUUGGUGACGAUAUCUGGGAAGAAGAACAAGUUGAGAGUUUACUACUUGUCCUGGUUAAGAAAUAAAAUUCUUCAUAAUGAUCCAGAGGUAGAAAAGAAACAGGGUUGGACAACUGUGGGUGACUUGGAAGGCUGUGUGCACUAUAAAGUUGUAAAAUAUGAAAGAAUCAAAUUCUUGGUAAUUGCUCUGAAGAGUUCUGUGGAAGUCUAUGCAUGGGCACCAAAGCCAUAUCACAAGUUUAUGGCUUUUAAGUCAUUUGGAGAAUUGGUACAUAAGCCAUUGCUGGUGGAUCUAACUGUGGAGGAAGGUCAGAGGCUGAAAGUGAUCUAUGGUUCCUGUGCUGGAUUCCAUGCUGUUGAUGUAGACUCGGGAUCAGUUUAUGAUAUUUAUCUACCAACACAUAUCCAGAGUAGUAUCCAACCACAUGCAAUCAUUAUUCUCCCAAAUACUGACGGGAUGGAGCUGCUGGUUUGCUAUGAGGAUGAAGGUGUUUAUGUUAAUACAUACGGGAGGAUCACCAAAGAUGUGGUUCUACAGUGGGGAGAGAUGCCUACAUCAGUUGCAUACAUUCGAUCCAAUCAGAUUAUGGGCUGGGGAGAAAAGGCUAUUGAGAUACGAUCUGUGGAAACGGGGCACUUGGAUGGUGUUUUCAUGCACAAAAGGGCACAAAGGCUCAAGUUCUUGUGUGAAAGGAAUGACAAGGUUUUCUUUGCCUCUGUACGGUCUGGUGGAAGCAGUCAAGUUUAUUUCAUGACCCUAGGCAGGACUUCUCUUCUGAGCUGGUAGAAGCAGUGUGAUUUGACAAAGGAUCACUGACAUCCAGAGUCUUUUGAGAUCUUCAUAACUUGGAAUUAUUUGCAACUGGAGUACAGACCUGCACAGAUGCAGCACUCCAUGUACAUGUGUGCACAGGCAUCACUGGUGUUAGGUUUCUUUUUGUUCUUAAAAUGAGGCUGCAAUGCAGCUGGUGCUGUAAAGUUCUUGCCAUCAGGUGCUAUCUGUCUUUGAGAUUUGGGAUCACACUAGAAAGCAACAGGUUAUGGGAUUUUGUUUUUUUCCUUCAGCUCCAGAAUUCCUUGGCUUUGAAUGACUCUGUUUGUUAGUAUAAAAGAAAGAGAGAGAUUUGAGAUGAACAUACUGUUAAAUGGGCAGAAGGCAGGAAAGAGAAGGUGACAAGUGGUGGUGAGAGAGUCAGACUUGCUGAAGUGGAGGGCAGAUCUAGUCUAGUAAUGUUAACAAUGUAUUUAAUUGACAUUUCUUUUUUGUAAUGUGACAUUAUGUGGACAAAGAGGAAAGUGCAGGUUUUAAGAAGUUAAUAUUUAUAAAAUGUGAAAGACGCAGUGACUAGGAUAACUUCUUUGGGGAGGGGGGAGGGUGGAAUUCCUGGGGUUUUUUGUUUCUUUUAGUUUUAUUUUGGCUUGGCCAAUAACUUAGUCAUUUUUUCUGUGUACCAGGUUUUGCCUGAAAUGUGCAGAUGAUUAAAAAAAGAAAAAAAAGAAGAAAAAAAAAGUUUAUUCAUUUUCUAUAAUGAUUCUGUGUUAGGCCAGAACUUGGUUGUGUCACAGUAUUAGCACUGCCUCAGUUAAAGGUUUAAUUUUUGUUUAAACCUAGAAGUGCAACAACAGGUUUACCACAGUCUGCACUUGCAGAAUUAAAAAAAAAAAAAAAUUCCAGACUACAUAUGUUUAUUUUUUGUGCCUACCUCAUUGUUUUUAAUGCAUAAAAUAAAAGAGGUGGUUUCGUUUAUACGUUUUUAGAUGCAAACCAUUAAUGUCUAAUUUAAUCUUAAUACCAAAACUACCAGGUGAAAGGUUUUGUGACUGUUAUUCUGUAGCAAGUUUCAGCAGGAGGGGAGAAGAGUCCAUUGAAGGGGUUGGAUUAGCCUUAUGGCAGUGAGACACUGACUAAUACCAUUUGCUUACCGAGUUUGGAAAAAACACAUUUCUUUUUUACCAGCUUCAUCAUUAAUAGAAGUUUGAUGAAUUUAGCCUGAAACCUGCGGUUUCACUCUUCUAACACAUGGGCUUAGGAACAGGCAGGUAACAAGAACUAUAAACUGUUUAAAUGUUGUAGGAAACUUUUUGGGGGAGGUGACAUCUUUCUUUUUCUAAGAAUGCAAUGCACUAAAACUAUUUUAAGAAUGUAGUUAAUAUUGCUUAUUCAUAAGACAGCAUAUACCUGUGUUUAGAUGUAAGAUCCCAGCUCUGGCUUUUUUUCCUUUUUUUUUUUUUUUUAAAGUCGGUUUUAUUUUAUGAAUACUUUUUUUUUUCUGACAUUUGUAAUAAAUGUCUUGAGAGUAAUAAUUUGUUUAAUGGCUACAUGUUCAUUACUUGAGAAACCUUGAGUGUAUAAUAAUCUGUUGGUGAUGUAAUAAUGCACAGUGUCAUGAUCCAACCAUUUUUAUUUUAUUUUUAUUUUUUAUUUUUGGUGGGGUACUUUUUGACUGCUGCCUUAAGCUGUUCAUUCAGUGAACAGGCUCUCAGUGUUUCAUGGGCUUUGUCUUCUGCUGUGGUUAACUUUUUCCUUUUAUGGCAUGACAGGUAGGGCUUUUUAGACAUUUUAUUCUUUAUAAUCAAACUGAUUGUUCAAGUGACUGGCCACAGGAUUGCUGAACAGUAAACAGCAACAACCAGGCAAAUAUUUUGCUCAACAGAUCUUUCUUUUGGCAUCAGCCCUGACUGCUGUAAGUUCUUCAGACCUGAUCAACCUUUCUGCUGAAGGCUCUCCUUUGAACAGCAGAAACUGUUUGAGAAUUAAGCUGGUAGACACAUACCAUGUGCGUCUUUCUCUUUCUUUUUCUCUCUCUCUCAUGCACAUUUAUAUACACACACAGACACACACACACAUACUCUCUUAAAAAUCAAGAAAGCCUUACAUUUGCUGGCAGAAGAGUACUUAAAAAUAUUUUUUUUAAUUGUUUGACUUUUGGAUAGCACUGAAGGUUGAGGAUGAGGGAUGCAUUCGUUUUGUAUCUAUAUUGCAAUCAGCCAGAAGAGCGAUUUGCUUCUUUGUAUUAUGAAGAUCUAAGGGGACUCAGAAGACCAAUGUGCUCAUAGGGUGCAAUGACACAAUGGCCCUGUAGCAUAGUAUACCGGAACACAUCGAUCCAGUGUCAUCCUGCAUGGUUUAAUUCUUGCAGCACUGUGUGGUAAAAAUGGAUUUAGUCCUUGGAAAUUGAUUCUGUUCUUGUUGGUGAAAAUGUUGCGAUACUAUAGGGAUUCCCAGGUUAAGGAUACAUGCUGUUGGAAGUUCUGAUGGUUUUGGAGGGAAACUCCUUCGCUGGAGAUGCUGGACGGCAGCUUCCUCCUCCACAGAAGAGCCGCGGUGGCAAAUCUACAAGUUUAAAAUCAGUAUUACAAAACCACUACAUACAAAAUGUUGAACUCUUUUAAACAGUGCUUUUGUAAGCAAAGGAAAAAAAAAAAAGGCUCCUAGAUUUAGUUUUAAGCUUUAAGUAAUAAUUUUCUGUAUCUUUUAAGUCAAAGUAACCCUAACUGUAUGACUGCAGUGUUUUAUUUUUUAUCUUAUGCACAUGUUAUGUUGGAGAAAAUGUUUACAAAAAUGGUUUUGUUACACUAAUGUGCAUCACAUAUUUAUGGUUUAUUUGAAAGUGAUUUUUGUGGAUUUUUUUUUUAGUUUUUCAUAGUAGUAGUAGUAUACUUUUUUGUGAUUUAUAACCCCAAACUCUGCUGAUUAUAAAGAUGCUAAACAAUAAUACAGUGACAAACUGCAUUAAAAUUACUAAUCGUAGAGCUGCAAAGCAGACUGGUGACAAGUAAACACUCAGCCUUUUUUUUGCAGUGCUAUCUAACUUGUCUUCUGUGUAUUAUGGAAAUUACUGUUUUUCCCCAUUUUUCCUUAAAUAAAGUCAAAAUGACACCUA